AUGGAGUUUGAUGCAGAGAUUGAACAUGAGUUAGAGGAGACAGAAGCCUACCCUAUAGUCCCACGCAGACAAAGAAGAGACAUAACUACUAGCGCAGGUAGAGCCGGGAUAUCAGGUGGCAUGCUCCAUGUCCCUGCAACAGAAGCAGAACAUCAAUGGUUACCAAUAGGCUCAAAGGUCAAACAUCAGGGUGUCUGCAGCACAUGGGGAAACUUCCACUUUAAGACUUUCGAUGGAGAACUUUUCCAUUUUCCGGGCUUCUGUAACUAUCUGUUUGCUGCACACUGUAGAAAGGAGUAUGAAGAUUUCAACAUCCAAAUUCAACAGUCUUUGGUUAAUACUCUACCAACAAUCACUCAGAUAUCCAUGAAAGUGAAUGGGCUGGUAUUGGAGCUCAUCAAUUACCAACCUACAAUCCAUGGGGUUCAGCUAAAACUCCCUUACAACCAGAACGGACUUCAGAUAGAAAAGAGCAACACUGAGCUUAAGAUCACUGCUAAGAUGGUCUUAGUUCUUGUUUGGCAUGAUGAUAACAGUGUACAACUGACUCUCAAUAAGAAGUACAUGGGUGAAACGUGUGGUCUCUGUGCUGACUACAAUGGAGAUCAAAGCGAUGACUUUAUUUUAAAUGAGAAAAAGUUGAAUCCUUUUGAAUUUGGGAACUUGCAUAAGCUAAGAAAACCAGAAACAACAUGUGUGGACCCAAAGAGACAGCAAGAGGAACAUUGCACCAUUUAUAGAGCUUUAUGCAUUAAGCUGCUGAGGAGUUCCAAGUGGGCAAGGUGUAACAGGCUUGUGAGGGCUGAGCCUUAUAUUGACGCGUACAUGAAGGACAUGUGUCUCUGUAAAUCCUCGUUAGAGUUCAGCUCCUUCUGUCUAUGUAAAACUAUUACUGAAUAUUCUCGACAAUGUGCUCUUGCUGGGGGAAAACCCCCUAAUUGGAGAAAUCCAGAAUUGUGCCGCCAUGUGAAGGAUGAUUUUACAAAUGCAGGUUGUGUACCUAUUAAUAACUGCUCUUGUAGCUACAAAGAUAAAAUAUACGCACCAGGGGAAUCCUACCAGGCUCCAUGCUAUAAAUGUUUAUGCUCUGGAGGCUUCUGGAAAUGCGAAGACGUCCCCUGCCCAAGCACUUGUUCUGUAGAAGGAGGAUCGCAUAUCACCACUUUUGAUAAGGCUCAUUAUACCUUCCAUGGGCAAUGUUUAUAUGUUUUAGCAAAAUCGUGUGCAGACAAUGCAUUUUUAGUGACUAUAGAAAUGCAGAAAUGCGGCUACAGUGAAACAGCUACUUGUUUAACACGGGUCCUCCUGUUCUUAGAUAAUGAAAGAUACAUGUUUGAGAUCAAUUAUAGCAACAAGUUUCCUGAAGUUACCUAUGAUGAAAAAAUAAUGGCUAAAGCUGGAGUCCACGUUUUCUGGCCCUCUUCAUUCUUUCUGAUUGUACACACCAACAAAGGACUCUAUUUACAGGUGCAGAUCACUCCCAUCAUGCAACUGUUUGUCAUUCUAGAUCCAUCUUACAAGAAGAAAACAUGUGGUCUAUGUGGAAAUUUCAACAACAUUCAAAAGGAUGAUUUUCGAACAACUAGCGGUGCUAUUGAAGGCAAUGUUGUGGAAUUUGCGAAUUCAUGGAAAACUCAGUAUUCCUGCAUGAAUAUUAAAUUUGUACCAGAGCAUCCCUGCACAUUUGGCAUGGAAAUAGAGAAGUAUGCUCAUCAUUGGUGUAACGUACUGAUCGACAGUGAAGGACCAUUUGCUGUUUGCCAUGCCUCUGUAAACCCAGAACUCUACCAACAGAAAUGCCUUUUUGAUACAUGUUCUUGUAAAAGAGCCGAGGACUGUCUGUGCGCUGCUCUUUCAUCGUAUGCAUGGGCUUGUGCUGCAGCAGGAAUCCCAUUAGUUGGAUGGAGAGAGGAUGUUUGCAGGAAUUACUUGAAAUAUUGUCCCCAAUCCUUUGUGUAUAAUUAUACUGUGACAACUUGUAUACCCACCUGCCGUUCACUUACUGAGCCAGACCCAACAUGCAGCAUGAAGUUUUUUCCAGUUGAUGGAUGUGUUUGCCCACCAAACACUUACCUAAAUGAGAGAGGCGUUUGUGUUAAAAAGGAAGCUUGUCCGUGUUAUUACAAAGGAGUCACGGUGGCUGCUGACAAACCUCUGCUCUUUGGCAGAUCAGUAUGUGUAUGCAAGAAUCGAACUUGGGUAUGUGAUAGCAAAGCAAACAUGGGGAUCUGCAGUGUAUAUGGAGAGGGACAUUACAUCACAUUUGACGGUAAACGCUACACUAUCAACGGAGACUGCAUAUACACUUUGGUACAGGAUUAUUGUCAUGCUCAUGAUUUACAAAAAGGAACCUUCAGGGUAACCAUUGAGACUAUCCCUUGUGGGACUACAGGAACAUCUUGCUCUAAAGCCAUCACAGUGUAUCUUGGGGCUCACAAGAUUAUUCUCGCAGAUGGGCACUUUGAAGUGUUAGAACAAUCAAGUGAAAUGGAGAUCCCUUACAAAGUACGAACCAUGGGCAUAUAUCUGGUCAUUGAAAGCAGCAAUGGCCUUGUGCUAGUGUGGAACAGGGCGACAAGCAUCUUCAUUCAUCUAAGCGUUGACUUCAAGGGUAAAGUCUGUGGCCUUUGUGGUAAUUUAGAUGGUGACAGCAACAAUGAUUUCACCACCAGGAGUCACUGUGUUGUGGAAGAUGUGAAAGAAUUUAGAGACAGCUGGAAAUUGUCCAAAGAAUGCCCAGAGGUCUACAUAACCAAGGAACCCUGUGUUGUAAAUCCAUACAGAGUGCCCUGGGCUCAGAAACGCUGCAGUAUUAUCAAUAGUGAUGUGUUUUCAGAAUGUCAUUCUGAGGUGGACCCUGAGAUGUAUUACGAGGCCUGCGUGAGUGACACCUGUGCAUGUGACAUGGGAGGAGAUUGCGAUUGUUUCUGCACAGCAGUAGCUGCUUAUGCCAAAGCCUGCAGUGAAGCUUGUGUGUGCAUAGAUUGGAGAACACCUGAUGUCUGCCCUCUUUUCUGCGAUUUCUACAACAAAGAAGGACAGUGUCAAUGGCACUACAAGGCAUGUGGAACUCCCUGUAUGAAGACUUGCAGGAACCCUAAUGGUACCUGCCUGCAUCAUCUGAAAGGGUUGGAGGGUUGCUAUCCUGAGUGUCCUGCCGACAAGCCCUUUUUUAAUGAAGAUGAAAUGAUAUGCGUGUCUCAGUGUGGCUGUUUGGACAACGAUGGAAAUUAUUAUCAAAUUGGAGAGAAGGUUGAAUCCUGCAAUGUUAAUACCCGUUUUGUAUGGGGCUCUGCUGCUGCUGCAGACCAGCAAGAGCAAAGAAGAGCUCCCACAAGCUCUUUGAUCACUCCUGCAAUUGCCGGUUUACUGGCGAUUGUGUCCCAGCCAGAGGCGGCUUCAGGGAUAGGGAUAAAGGUUUCUUCUGUCUCCACAUGA